AUGUCUUCAAUUGCUUCUUCUUCAAAGGGUAAGAGAAAAUUGAAUUUGAUGAAAAAACUAAGUGUACUUAUUGUGGCUAAUGAUGAUAUAUCUCAAAAUUCAUAUAUAUUAUGUCUUCAAAAUUUUGGAGUAGAUACAUUGGGAGUAAGAGAUGGAUUAAUGGCAUUUAAUAUUCAUGAUAAAACACAAAUGCGUUUUGAUUUAAUCCUAAUGAGCUCAAAUAUGCCUAUGAUGGAUGGUAUUGAGGCAACAAAAAAGCUUCGAUCGAUGGGAAUUACUACGACGAUUGUGGGAAUAACAACUCCAGAUGAUAAUGAAGAAUAUCACAAAAAAUUUAUGGAAGCUGGUCUUGAUGAAUGCUAUGAGAAGCCAUUAACAAAGGAGAUACUUCAAAGCCUUAUUGAGAAAAUUGCUAAUAAAGUUUAG